CGCGGAGCUGGUUCCAAGGCGGGGUCUUUUACGCGGACAAGCUGCGCACAGCGCGCGUGCGCGGGCCGAGGGCGGUGGCUCGGGCUCUUGGUGGGUGCCGUCUCCCCCCUUCGCACCAGCGGUGUGGACGAGAACCCAGCGGAGAAACGUGACUGAGAAAUGGAGAGGGAAAUGGAAGGUUAAAGCAGCAGCUAUGCGCAGAUCCCAGGGGAAGGAUGGCAACACCAGGUGACUGCCCCGGAAGUGAGCUGCAGGAGGGGGAGGACCCUGUGGAGCCGGGCGAGGAGGAGCACCCCCAGGGGACGGAGUGCCUGGAGGAGUUCGUGGCCAUCGCGGACUAUUCUGCCACCGACGAGACGCAGCUCAGCUUUUUGAGAGGAGAGAAGAUCCUCAUCCUGAGACAGACCACUGCAGACUGGUGGUGGGGCGAGCGGGCCGGCUGCUGCGGGUACAUCCCAGCGAACCACCUGGGGAAGUGCCUGGAGGACUGGGGCCCCGAGGACUCCUGGCAGGACGAGGAAUACUUCGGCAGCUACGGGACCCUGAAACUUCACUUGGAGAUGUUGGCAGACCAGCCGCGAACAACUAAAUACCACAGUGUCAUCCUGCAGAACAGAGAGGCCCUGAGAGAUAAAGUGAUUCUGGAUGUUGGCUGUGGAACCGGGAUCAUCAGCCUCUUCUGUGCACAUUAUGCUCGGCCCAAAGCGGUGUACGCGGUGGAGGCCAGUGAGAUGGCCCAGCACACAGGGCAGCUGGUCAUGCAGAAUGGCUUCGCUGACAUCAUCACCGUGUUCCAGCAGAAGGUGGAGGACGUGGUACUGCCAGAGAAGGUGGAUGUGCUGGUGUCUGAGUGGAUGGGGACCUGCCUGCUGUUUGAGUUCAUGAUUGAGUCCAUCCUGUAUGCCCGGGAUGCCUGGCUGAAGGAGGGCGGGGUCAUCUGGCCGACCUCGGCCGCCCUGCACCUCGUGCCCUGCAGCGCCGACAGAGACUACCGCAGCAAGGUGCUCUUCUGGGACAACGCCUAUGAGUUCGACCUCAGCGCCCUCAAAUCUUUAGCAAUUAAGGAGUUUUUUUCGAAGCCCAAAUAUAACCACAUCUUGAAACCAGAAGACUGUCUCUCUGAGCCCUGCACCAUCUUACAGCUGGACAUGAGAACGGUGCAGAUCACCGAUCUGGAGACGAUGAGAGGCGAGCUGUGCUUUGACAUCAGGAAGGCAGGCACCCUGCACGGGUUCACAGCCUGGUUCAGCGUCCGGUUUCAGAACCUGGAGGAGGACGAGCCACAGCUGGUGCUGAGCACGGGCCCGCUGCACCCCACCACCCACUGGAAGCAGGUGCUGUUCAUGAUGGACGAGCCCGUCUCAGUCCACGAGGGAGAUGUGGUCACCGGUGCAGUUGUGCUACAGAGAAACCCAGUGUGGAGGCGGCACAUGUCUGUCACCCUGAGCUGGUCUGUCACUUCCAGACAAGACCCUGCGUCGCCGAAAGUUGGGGAGAAAGUCUUUCCAAUCUGGAGGUGACAGGGCAAACAAGCUCUGUCUGGAAGGCAGUGUGUGGUCCUGGAGGCUCGGACGUGACCAGCGAAGACGAACCCGGAUGGGAACGUGUCCUGUGAGCCGCCACUUUCUCUCUGAUGGAGUGACAACAGCCUUGCCCCGGGCUCCACGGGCUUGCCGUGUCACCGCCCUGUCCGUCCCUAGAAGUGGGCUGUGUGCCUAGUGUCCACCUGUGGGUAGCUGGUGGCACAGUGUCCCUGAGCUAGGUCUAGUUCUGAGCUCAUAGGACACAGACGUCAACCCUGUCCUCCUGUGAAGGUGGCUGUUUGUGCGCCGUGUGUCCAUGUGCUCUUCCUGCCCCUGGCCCAGCCGCCCAGCUGUGGGGGCGUGCGGGGCUGGAGGUGCAAUGCAUGCGAUGCGGCUCUGCAUGGGGUGGUCCGGCUGUAGCGACAUCUUCCAGACAAAUUACGUGUUGGCACAUAGUACAUGCUCAAUAAAUUUUUUUAAUAAAUGAA